CAUUAAUAGGUACUGUGUGUUUAGCAUGGGGUCUUUCUGUGUGUGAGAACAGAAGAUGUUGACAUUUCUGUUGAGCUGCAGAUUAAGACCCAUGUGGCCUUCCUGUGGCCACGUGACCCUGUGAGCAGCACAAGGAGCAUGUGACCCAUUAAUCAGCCCAAGAUACAGCUCUGGCAGGGUCAUGUCUAGAAGAGAUACAGUUUAUGUCAAAAGUAGAUUUUUACUUUAGCUAACCCUUUUCCUGACCUAAACUUAAUUAUCCUAACCUGCUAUGUUAAUUCUCCUAACCUGCUGCGUAAAUUCGCCUAACCUACGAAAAGUCAAUUUUGAGAUAAGCUUUAUCCCAUCUAGACAAAACCCUCCGGCCGGAGGUUUGCUGAUCUCCCAUGAUCCCUCACUUUCUAGCCCACAGCCAGUGCUAAUGACUCAGGAUCCCAUCAUUGUGAUGACAGUGAAGUCUUAGAAUUCCAGAAAGAUCCAUGCUAGUUGGACAAAGUUGGCUAAAUGAGCUAUUCUCUGUAGGCAGGGAUAGUGGUUCGAGAAUAUAUGGAAUGGUAGCAGUAUUUUGUUUUACAUAAGAUUAUAAUAAAUGGUUAUAUUGUUAAGGAAUCAAAAAAAAUAAAAAUGUAUUUGUCACAUACACAUGGUUAGCAGAUGUUAAUGCGAGUGUAGAGAAAUGCUUGUGCUUCUAGUUCCGACAAUGCAGUAAUAACCAACAAGUAAUCUAACCUAACAAUUCCACAACUACUACCUUAUACACACAAGUGUACAGGGAUAAAGAAUAUGUACAUAAAGAUAUAUGAAUGAGUGAUGGUACAGAACGGCAUAGGCAAGAUGCAGUAGAUGGUAUAGAGUACAGUAUAUACAUAUGAGAUGAGUAAUGUAGGGUAUAUAAACAUAAAGUGGCAUUGUUUAAAGUGCUAGUGAUACAUUUUUCCAUCAAUUAAUAUACCCAUUAUAUUAAUUAAUGUUAAAGUUAUAUUAAAUGGGUAUAUAUUUCAUUGAAAUGGCCAUUGAACAGUAGGAAUUAUUGUAUAUGAUUUGUUCUCAUCAGUGUUUUUGUAAUGUGUCUGUACAUUAGAGAUAUCUGUAUCGGAGUCAUUGGAGAUAACAUUCUGUUUUAUCAACUGAAUUAAGUUUGUGUUUCACUAUCAGUAUGUCAUGUGUAUUUUCAAGGAGUGUCUUUUCCAAAGUCCAUGCAGUUCCCUAUCUUAUUGAUAGUCUCCCUGUUUAUAGCCUUUAACUUUUCAAUCAUUGUCUGGCGACUUUCUUUGAGAGACACACACAUGCAUGCUCAGGCAGUAUGUGUGUAAUGCACAUGGUGGUACUUACAAUCAUAGACACACCUUUACAAUCAUUCACAUUCACACUGUUUAAUACAUUGUGUGUGCAGGCUUUUCUGCCCACUCCCACACUGAUAAUAUUACAAUAGAUAAACGUUAUCAAGUGGAAAGUCCACAUUCUCAUAUCUUUCAAAGAGCAUACUAUUGCUGAUACUGUACAUUGAGGUACAGCAGAAUGGAAAGUGGGCCCACAGUAGGCGUGACAAACGAUCGGUCAUAUGAGCGUCAGUAGCGCUCGAGCAGUCCUGCCCAGUAGCGCCAAGUCACCGGGAAACCUUGGCCGCUCGUGAGGAUUUUGCAAGGGGAUGGAGCGGUAUGGCGACGCCGACGUACAUUAUAAACAUCAAGGUGCUGAAUUAGGCUAUGGUUUGCCCUGAUACAUAACGGUAACAGCAGCUCUUCCCAGACCCCCCCCCAGCCAGCUACUCCACCAACCCUUCAGCCCAGGCCCAGCCAUGACAGCCAAGUCGUCCCUGCUCAAGGUGAUCCUCCUUGGGGACGGAGGCGUGGGCAAGUCCUCCCUCAUGAACCGCUACGUCACCAACAAGUUUGACACGCAUCUCUUCCACACCAUUGGCGUGGAGUUCCUAAACAAGGAGCUGGAGGUGGACGGGCACACCGUGACGCUCCAAAUCUGGGACACUGCGGGCCAGGAGCGCUUCCGCUCACUCCGGACACCUUUCUACCGUGGCUCCGACUGUUGUCUCCUGACCUUCAGCGUGGAUGACAACCAGAGCUUCCACAAUCUCAACAACUGGAAGAAGGAGUUUGCCUACUACGCUGAUGUCAAGGAACCUGAGAAGUUCCCAUUUGUGAUCCUGGGUAAUAAGUUGGAUGUGCCAGAGAGGCAGGUUUCGGGUGAGGACGCCCGCCAGUGGUGCCGCGACAACGGCGGCCACCCGUACUUUGAGACGAGCGCCAAGGACUCGACCAACGUGGCGGCCGCGUUUGAGGAGGCGGUGAGGAGAGUGCUGGCGCAGGAGGAACGGGGGGAGCACCUCAUCCCGACGGACACAGUGGACCUGCACAGGAAGCCGCGCUCUGGCGCCUCCUGCUGCUGAUGAGAUGUAGGGUUGAUUACCUUUAUUUGACUCUUAAAGGCCCAAUGCAGCUGUUUAUCUCAUUUUGAAAUGGGCAAAAAUAGCUUUUUAGCAAAAAAACUAUUUCUCAAGCAAGAAUUUUGCUAAGACUGGGAAAACUAGCUGUUUAUUGGAAGAGGUUUGGAACAGUUUUUGUUAUUGGUAUAUUAACCAGUCUACCGAACAGUGAUGUCACCAUUGAAAGCUGAAACUCCCGUCCAUGCAAACCUGCUGAUUAUAAUGUCCUGUGUAGAUUGUAUUUUCAACCACCAACUAUCAGGAAAUAAACUGAUCACAUUUUUUCACAAUUUUACAGUGUUUGUUUCAUCAGCUGUUUAUACAAUAUGGUAUGAAACACAGGAAAAUCUGAAUUUUGACUUGCACUGGGCCUUCAAAGAGACAGUAGGGGCAUAUUUGAACUUCUGCUGCCCAACUCUGGCCGUAACUUGUGAGUUCUGAUGAUACCAACGGCCACUUGGUUCAAGUUCUCCUUUUUUAACUGUGGUUAAUGCUUUCCUUCUGCUCUGUGCUCCUCCCUUGGUUUACCUGACUGCAUGUGCACGCAGACGCACAGCCUGUUCAUGGCAUUAUACACACCCAACCCACUUAGGCUAUAUAAGUUUUAUCAUACACAGGAGUGCUCAUAGUUGGGCCUGCUAUUUGACAUUCCUUUGCGCUGGCGAGUGUUUUAUCAGUGACUACUACGAUCAAGAGAUUACUUUGUUCUGCGCUUGUCCUCCAGCAAUCAAGUAAUGACUAAAUAUUUACAUUUUUAGUCAUAGCAGACACCCUUAUCCAGAGAAACUUACAGUAGUGAGUGCUUACAUUUUAUGUACUUUUUCAUAGUGAUCCCCCGUGGGAAUCAAAUUCACAACACUGCCUUUGCAAGCGCCCUGCUCUACCAAUUGAGCCACAUGGGAAAUACUACAUUGUCAUCCCAUCUAUUAAAAUGGGCUGAAUGUGCCAAAUGUAUAUUAAUAUUGUUGAUUGUUUAAAAUAAUCGUAUUUUGUAUUAACGUUAGUGGUGGUAGUCAUCACACAGACUGACUGAACUACAGUAUGUGUUGUGGGGGAAAACCAGAGGGUUCUGUCCAGUCUACAUCAUUGUACAAAUGGAAAGAAAAUUUCAGUCAAACCCAUUUCUCUGAUUAUUCUCACUUGAUGGGCUGAUUUUAGAUUUUAAACCCAUUCAACCCAGCCAUGCAAAUUUUGGCUGUGUGAAUUUGAAGCCGUUCAUUGGCUGGAUUGCGUGCUCUGUAGAGACCAACGUAUGUCCAGCCUUCAUAAUGACCAAAAUAGCUUUAACAUGUUUAAUCUCAUCCAAUUUCCAGAUAAACUGUCAAAAAAAGCCUUUUUAUAGCCAUGUUAAUGUGUGUUCGUUAGGAAUGUCAGGGCACUGAAGCAUGUAGAUUGGUCUUUUAGCUACAAAAACAUUAGCUUUAAUUUAUUUAAAUGUAUUUACAGUCACUCACUACGCAAACUAGUGCACCUGAUGCCACAGGACGUAAGUGCAUUAGCUAGCCUAACUGUUUUCGGAGAGUUUGGAAAUGAGAGGCUUUUUAAUGUUAUGUUGCCUGGACCUGGACUAACCAUUUAGGAAUUGAGCAGCAAAUCCCGGGCCAUUGCGCCACAAUUUAUUAUAGUAGACUAUAGGCUGACUUGUGCCAUCAUGAGUUCUGUGUACUAUAGCCCCAAGGAAACCAGUCGUAAAUGCAUACCAGUUGUUUCUAUGUUUUGCUGUAAAACAAGACCAACCAUGACACACUAAAAACUGUAGGCCUAUUGUACUUUUUUUUUAAUGUAAAAAAAAUAUUGUUGGUUAUUUGUCAAAAGACCCCCAAUAACAGUGAUGUUACCAGUAUUCAAAUGCGAACCAGUAAUUUCUAUAGCAGGUUUCCCCAAUUGGUAGCCCACGGCACACCAAGUUUUCUGAGCAUAUACAGUACCAGUCAAAGGUUUGGAGACACCUACUCAUUCAAGGGUUUCUCUUUAUUUUCUACAUUGUAGAAUAAUAGUGAAGACAUCAGAACGAUGAAAUAACACAUAUGGAAUCAUGCAGUAACCAAAAAAGUGUUUAAUAAAUCAAAAUAUAUUUGAGGUUCUUCAAAGUAGGCACCCUUUGCCUCGAUGACAACUUUGGACACUUGGCAUUCUCUCAACCACCUUUCCAACAGUCUUGAAGGAGUUCCCACAUGCUGAGCACAUGUUGGCUGCUUUUCCUUCACUCUGUAGUCCAACUAGAUCAUCCGUUCACCUACUCUGCGUCUCACAAAGACAGUGUUUGGAACCUAAAAUUUGGACUCAUCAGACAUAUUUCCACCGGUCUAAUGUCCAUUGCUCAUGUUUCUUGGCCCAUGCAAGUCUCUUCUGAUUGUCCUUUAGUAGUGGUUUCUUUACAGCAAUUUGACCAUGAAGGCCUGAUUCACACCAUCUCCUCUGAACAGUUGAUGUUGAGAUGUGUCUGUUAUUUGAACUUUGAAGCAUUUAUUUGGGCUGCAAUUUCUGAGGCUGGUAACUCUAAUGAACUUAUCCUCUGCAGCAGAGGUAACUCUGGGUCUUCCUUUCCUGUGGCAGUCCUCAUGAGAGCCAGUGGGUCUUUUACUAAAUAGGGUUAUCUUCUGUAUACCAUCCCUACCUUGUCAAAACACAACUGACUGGCUCAAAUGUAUUAAGGAAAGAAAUUCCACAAAUUAACUUUUCACAAGUCUUAAUUGAAUUGCAUUCCGUGUGACUACCUCAUGAAGCUGGUUGAGAGAAUGCCAAGAGUGUGCAAAGCUGUCAGAGGCAAAGGGUGGCUACUUUGAACAAUCUAAAAUAUAUUUGGAUUUGUUUAACACUUUUUUUGUUUACAUGAUUCCAUGUGAUAUUUCAUAGUUUGGUGUCUUCACUAUUAUUCUAGGAUGUAGAAAAUAGUAAAAAAUAAUGAAAAAACUUUGAACGAGUAGGUGUCUCAACUUUUGACCGAUACGGUGUAUAAUAUAUGUAUAGUUAUUAUUUUAUUGUUGCAUGUAAGACUGUAAAAACACUGGCAAAUCAGCUCCAAGUGAUUUUUAUGUUGUAAGUCUUCCAAAGUAUUCCCACACAUUAUAGAAAGAUGCAUGUAAUCCUAUACAAAUGUAAGCAAGGUUUGAAAUGUAUGUUUUCGUCCAAUAUUCGAUCUUUGGACUUUGUGGUCAAUUUGCAGUCUAAAAAUAAUUUUCUGGCCCCCUGACCACAUCUGCUCAAGAACAAAAAUUGUCCUGUUCCAGUGUCUUGCAUUAAAACAUGAACCACCCUGAAACACUUAAAAUGUAUGUUUGUGUGUGUGUGUUGAAAUAAAAAGUAGGCCAUUUUUUAACCUA